AUGGUGGAUAUUGUACAGUAUUAUAAACCAUCUAUUCUUUUUCUUAUGGAAACAAAAGCUAAUGGUGUAAGGAUGGAACAAAUAAAGUCUUUAUUACGUUUUUCUCAUUGUUUUUCCGUUGAUUGUGUUGGUAUUGGGGGUGGUCUCUGUCUUAUGUGGAAAGAUGAUGUCAAGCUAGCCAUUACAGGUUAUUGCUCUAAUUUUAUUGAUUCUACAAUUGGAGACAGUUCUGAUUGUUGGAGGUUUACUGGGUUCUAUGGUUGCCCUGAGUCGGGUCGUCGCCGAACUUUGUGGAAUUUGUUGAAGGAUUUGGCGGAUAGGAGUCAGCUUCCUUGGUUAUGUAGUGGUGACUAUAAUGAUAUUGCUGAUCCGUUGGAAAAAGUUGGUGGUCCUCUUCGUUGUAUUUCUUUGAUUAAUGGGUUUCGUAAUGCUCUUGCUGAUGCCAAUUUAAAUGAUAUUCAGGCUGUGGGGUCUUUUUUGUCUUAUACAUAUAGAGAGGGUACUGAUCAGUGUUCGAAGGAGAGGUUGGAUCGUGCUUGUUCUAAUACAACCUGGGAUGCUCGUUUUCCUGAUGCGAUUUCGUCUAAUUUAGUUGCUCCAGUUUCUGAUCAUACUCCUUUAUUGAUUGAAACUGUUGGAACUCAAGUUAGGGAGGAUAAUCGACGUUUUCGUUUUGACAAUUCAUGGCUUGAGGAUGAUGAGUUAGGGGAAGUGGUUUUGACGUCUUGGCAGCAAGGUUUGGGGUUGGAUUUUAUUCAACGUAAAGACCAGCUUGUGAAGCGUGUUCAGUAUUGGGGGAAGAAUAGAAACCGCAUGCGUUGGCUUCAAAAAGAACGAAUUAAGAAGAGAUUGGGGGAGUGUUCUGAAUCGCUUGAUACAAGGGAAGUGCGGCAACUGAAGGAUGUUUGGAAUCAAAUUUUGGCAGAGGAGGAUAUUAGACUACGCCAACAAGCAAAAAAGUUCUGGUUUCGACACGGGGAUAGGAACUCAAAAUAUUUCCAUAAUAGUAUCAAAGCUCGGCGCAGAUGUAAUCGGAUUCAGCAAAUUGUGACAUCGGAUGGUUCAUUAUCUUCAGAUGUGGGUACUAUUCAGGAUGCAUUUUUGCAAUAUUUUUUGGGUUUAUUUUCCAAUUCGCCUACUGAUUUUGCGGAGCUUCUCCCUCUGGUUCAGCCUAGAAUUGGGGCCGAAGAUAAUGUUGAGUUAUUGGCAGAUUUUAUAGAUGAAGAAUUUCGUUCAGCGCUCUUUCAAAUGGACCCGAAUAAAGCUCCUGGGUUGGAUGGUCUUAAUCCGGCUUUUUUCCAGAAAUAUUGGCCAAUUAUUGGGGUGGAUGUUUGCAAUAUUUGUCGGUUGUGGCUUGCAAAAGGUACUAUCCCUUCUGAAAUCUCCAGUGCUUUAAUUGUUCUUAUUCCGAAAUGUGUGAAUCCUGUUGAUGUGAAGGAUUUUAGGCCUAUUGCUCUCUAUAAUGUGAUUUAUAAGAUCUUGUCUAAGGCCUUAGCCAAUAGAUUGAAGAGGGUCCUGCAUAAAAUUAUUUCACCAAAUCAGUCUGCUUUCAUUCCUGGGAGACUAAUUACGGAUAAUUUUAUUGUUGCUUUUGAGACCAUGCAUGGUUUGAAAUUACAAAAUAGAGGUAGUGUGGGGUCGUGUGCUCUGAAAAUUGAUAUUGCUAAGGCCUAUGAUAGAGUUGAAUGGUCAUAUUUGUUUGCGAUGUUAUCUGCAUUGGGCUUUUCUGAUACUUGGGUUGGAUGGAUGCGUAUGUGUUUUUCAAACAUGAGCUACUACCUUGCUGUUAACGGAGCAGAGAUUGGUCCUGUGGUUCCAAGUCGGGGUCUCCGGCAGGGGGAUCCCAUUUCUCCCUAUUUAUUCUUAAUUGUUGCUGAAGGACUGUCUUUGUUGAUUCAGGAUAGUGAAAAUAGGGGCCUUUUGCAUGGGUGUUGCGCGAAAGUUGGUUGCCCCCGGGUUUCUCACCUUUUCUUUGCAGAUGAUUCCUUACUAUUUUUUGAUGGUACAGUGGAGGAAGCUAUACGGAUUAAGCAAAUUCUUGGUGUUUAUGAGAAGGCUUCAGGUCAGGCUGUAAAUUUUGAUAAAUAUGGUAUCAUGUUUAGUCCGUGUGUGUCUGAGGAAAACCGGUUGACCAUCUCUGGUAUACUUGAUGUUCAUCUUCCUUUGGGUAGCGGUAAUUAUUUGGGGUUACCAUCUCUUAUUGGCCGUAGUAAAAAGCAAAUUUUCUCUUUCUUGAGGGAUCGCAUUUGGAAACGUAUUAGUAGUUGGAGUAAUCGUUUUCUUUCUCGUGCAGGCAGAGAAGUAUUAAUUAAAUCUGUAUUACAGGCAAUUCCAACAUAUUGCAUGAAUGUUUUUUUAUUACCUGUUUCCACUUGCCGACAGCUACAGGUCAUGAUGAAUAAAUUUUGGUGGGGUGGUUGUCGUGAGGAUGGGAGAGGGAUGAAUUGGCUCUCGUGGGAUCGAAUGUGCGGCCGUAAAUCGGAAGGUGGGAUGGGCUUUCGGGAUUUGGCUAGUUUUAAUACUGCCUUAUUGGGAAAGCAAGGUUGGCGUUUGUUGGUUGACACCAAUUCUCUUCUAUAUAGAGUGCUCAAAGCUAAAUAUUUUCCGAAUGGGGAUUUUUUGUCAGCUCGGUUAGGUUCUAACUAUAGCUUCGUUUGGAAGAGUAUUUUGUCUUCUCAACAAAUGUUGCAACGUGGGGUAAGGUGGCGAAUUGGUGAUGGUAAGCAGGUUUUUGUUGUUAAUUGCCCUUGGAUUCCUCGGGAUAUUGGUUUUAUGCCUUUAGAUGAGGCGAUGUUUGUUCCUGAAGCCAUGAGAGUAUGUGAUUUGUUUGUUGAAGGUGAGCUGCGUUGGGAUGUAGAGAAGCUAAUGAAUAUUUUUAGUGUUGCUGAUAUGAGAGCUAUUCUUACUAUUCCAUUGCCUCUAUUCCCAAAACCGGGUAAAUUAAUUUGGCACUUGCAUAAGAAGGGUGUGUACUCAGUUAAAUCUGCCUAUUUUUGUGCCUUAGAAUUGUCGGGUAGGACUGGUGUGCUGGGUUAUAAUGAUGGGUGGAAUCGUCUUUGGUCUCUUGAUGUUCCUCCCAAAGUUCGGGAUUUUCUUUGGCGUACUUGUCGUGGAGUGCUUCCUACUCGGGAUAUUCUUUUGAGGCGUGGGAUACAUGUACCUGCUGCAUGUCUUUUUUGUGAUCAUGAUGAAUCUAUUUCACAUGUUUUUUUGCAUUGUCCAAUGGCUGUUGAGUUAUGGAGACUUGCUGGUUUUUCUACUGCUGUUGAUUUUUCUAUAUUCAUGGAUUUCUUUAUUCAUAUUUAUAAUACUUUUGGCAGAGAAAGGACUGCACGUAUGGCUAUACAUGCAUGGAAGUUAUGGCAUGCCAGGAAUGAAAGAUUGUGGGUCAAUAAAGUUUUGUCACCCAGUGAGGUUCAUCAUGCUGCUAGUUCCUAUUUUAAUGAUUAUGUGGCUUCACUUGUGUCUCGACCAAGGACGUUAUCCCACCCAUCUGUUCCUCGUGUGCUCCCAUUGGUUGAGGCUACCACUCUUGAAGUUGAUUGGAUUGCAUUCAUUGAUUGUGCAGUCUUUGCUAGUGCUGAUUUGUUCGGUUUUGCAGCAGUAUUUGAGGACUUGGAAAGCUUCUUUUCCAUUGCAAUUUCGAGUUUCUAUGAGGGGGGUGGGCAACCUGUUAUUGCUGAAGCUUUGGCCUUGCGUCAAUCCUUGGCUAUUCGCUCUCCUCUGGAUGACUUUUCAGAGUUUGGAUUAGUUAUUUCUGAUUGCAAAGAUGUUAUGCGGUCUCAGGGUAACAUUCAUCCAGAUUCUCUAUAUUGGAGGUUAUCUACUAAUGGUUUCUAUUCUGUAAAAAGUGCUUACAAAGCACUAACUUGGGAUGAGUCUCUUGUGGUAAUGAAUGAUCAGCAACAGUUAUGGAAGAAGAUCUGGUCCCUUCAGCUAAUCCCCAAAGUUAAGAAUUUCAUUUGGCGUGUCUGUAGUAAUAUCUUGUCGGUCCGGUCAGUUUUGGUAUCAAGGCAUGUAUCUAUUCAGGAUGUCUGCCCCUUUUGUUUGGUUGAAUCAGAAGCAGUGUUUCAUGCACUGAUUUCUUGCCCGUUCGCUAAGCAGUACUGUGCUGGUGUUUAUGGGAAGCACGCAAUAAAUGUGUAUGGCAACAACAAACUUCUGCUGCACUUUAAAUUUGGAGUAAUGCCCAGCUAUUACUCCAGCAAUGGACUGCAGCUUUUAAGGCCCCUGCAGUGGACAGAUAGGUAUUGGGGAGUUGUUAAAGGUGAUAAUGGUGAGUUCUUGGCAUGCAAAAUGGUUGUGAUACUUCAACCUUUACGCCCUCGAGAUGCUGAGCUGGUAGCUAUAAGGGAGGUCCUUAGCUGGUUGAAGUCUACCCCUUGGAGAAAUAUUGUGAUUGAAACAGAUUGUUUUGUUGCAUCUCUAGCAAACGAGACUGAUUUUGUUGUGAGAUUUGUUCAUGUAAAUCGUAGUGGUAAUGAGCUUGCUCAUGAGAUUGCUAGGUUUGCUUCUAAUACUUCACAGAAGGGUAUUUGA